AUGGACGUGGACGUGGACGUGGACAUGGACGUGGACAUGGACGUGGACGUGGACGUGGAGGACUUGGACGUGGACAUGGACGUGGACAUAGACGUGGACGUGGACGUGGACGUGGACAUGGACGUGGACAUGGACGUGGACGUGGACGUGGACGUGGUCGUGGACGUGGACGUGGACGUGGACGUGGACGUGGACGUGGACAUGGACAUUGACAAGGACGUGGAGGUGGACGUGGAGGUGGACGUGGAGGUGGACGUGGACGUGGACGUGGACGUGGACGUGGACGUGGACGUGGACAUGGACGUGGUCGUGGACGUGGACGUGGACGUGGACGUUGACGUGGACGUGGACGUGACGUGGACUGGACGUGGACGUGGACGUGGACAUGGACGUGGAGGUGGACGUGGACGUGGACGUGGACAUGGACGUGGACGUGGACGUGGACGUGGACGUGGACGUGGACGUGGAGAACUUGGACGUGGACGUGGACGUGGACGUGGAGAACUUGGACGUGGAGAUGGACGUGGACAUGGACGUGGACGUGGACGUGGACGUGGACCUGGACGUGGACAUGGACGUGGACAUGGACGUGGACGUGGACGUGGACGUGGACGUGGACGUGGACGUGAACGUGGACGUGGACGUGGACUGGACGUGGACGUGGACGUGGACGUGGACGUGGACGUGGACGUGGACGUGGAGGACGUGGACGUGGACGUGGACGUGGAGAACUUGGACGUGGACGUGGACGUGGAGAACUUGGACGUGGACAUGGACGUGAACGUGGACGUGGACGUGGACGUGGAGGACUUGGACGUGGACAUGGACAUGGACGUGGAGUGGACGUGGAGUGGACGUGGACGUGGACGUGGACGUGGACGUGGACGUAGACGUGGACGUAGACGUGGACGUGGACGUGGACGUGGUCGUGGACGUGGACGUGGACGUGGACGUGGAGUGGACGUGGACGUUGACGUCGACGUAGACGUGGACGUGGACGUGGACGUGGACGUGGACGUGGACGUGGACGUGGUCGUGGACGUGGUCGUGGACGUGGACGUGGACGUGGACGUGGACGUGGUCGUGGACGUGGACGUGGAGGUGGACGUGGAGGUGGACGUGGAGGUGGACGUGGACGUGGACGUGGACGUGGACGUGGACGUGGACGUGGACGUGGACGUGGUCGUGGACGUGGACGUGGACGUGGACGUGGACGUGGACGUGGACGUGGACGUGGAGGUGGACGUGGACGUGGACGUGGACAUGGACGUAGAGGUGGACGUGGACGUGGACGUGGACGUGGACGUGGACGUGGACGUGGAGAACUUGGACGUGGACGUGGACGUGGACGUGGAGAACUUGGACGUGGACAUGGACGUGGACAUGGACGUGGACGUGGACGUGGACGUGGACGUGGACGUGGACGUGGACGUGGACAUGGACGUGGACAUGGACGUGGACAUGGACGUGGACGUGGACGUGGACGUGGAGUGGACGUGGACGUGGACGUGGACGUGGACGUGGACGUGGACGUGGACGUGGACGUGGACGUGGACGUGGACGUGGACGUGGACGUGGACGUGGACGUGGACAUGGACGUGGACGUGGACAUGGACGUGGACGUGGACGUGGACGUGGACAUGGACGUGGAACAUGGUCGUGGAUGUGGACGUGGAUGUGGACGAAGACAUGGUCGUGGAUGUGGACGUGGACGUGGACGUGGACGUGGACAUGGACUUAGACGUGGACGUGGACGUGGACGUGGACGUGGUCGUGGACGUGGACGUGGUCGUGGACAUGGACGUGGACGUGGACAUGGACGUGGACGUGGACGUGGACGUAGACAUGGACGUGGACCUGGACGUGGACGAGGACGUGGACGUGGACAUGGACGUCGACGUGGACGUAGACAGGGACAUGGACUUGGACAUGGACGUGGACGUGGACGUGGACGUGGACAUGGACAUGGACAUGGACGUGGACGUCAACGUGGACGUGGACAUAGACGUGGACGUGGACGUGGACAUGGACAUGGACACGUCCACGUCCAUGUCCACAUCCACGUCCAUGUCCACGUCCACGUCCAUGUCCACGUCCAUGUCCAUGCCCAUGUCCACGUCCACGUCCACGUCCAUGUCAUUUGCACUCUAA